GGCGACGGCGGCCUCGGCUCAGCAUUAUGGAUCCGAGCCUGCUGAGAGAACGGGAGCUAUUCAAAAAACGAGCUCUUUCCACUCCUGUUGUUGAAAAAAGAUCAGUAACUGCUAGCUCAUCAUCGUCAUCAUCAUCAUCAAAGAAGAAGAAAGCAAAACUAGAACAUGGAGGUUCAUCAGGCUCUAAGCAAAAUUCUGAUCAUAGCAACGGAUCAUUUAACUUGAAAGCUCUAUCAGGAAGCUCUGGAUAUAAGUUUGGUGUUCUUGCUAAGAUUGUGAAUUACAUGAAAACGCGGCACCAGAGAGGAGAUACACAUCCUCUCACUUUGGAAGAAAUUUUGGAUGAAACACAACAUUUAGAUAUUGGACUCAAGCAGAAGCAAUGGCUUAUGAGUGAGGCUUUAGUCAAUAAUCCCAAAAUUGAAGUAGUAAACGGGAAGUAUGCCUUCAAGCCCAAGUACAAUUUGAAAGAUAAGAAGGCCUUGCUUCGGCUUUUAGAUCAGCAUGACCAGCGAGGCUUAGGAGGAAUUCUUCUAGAAGACAUAGAGGAAGGACUGCCCAAUUCCCAGAAAGCUGUCAAGGCCUUAGGGGACCAGAUCCUAUUUGUAAAUCGACCUGAUAAGAAGAAAAUUCUUUUCUUCAAUGAUAAGAGCUGUCAAUUUUCUGUAGAUGAAGAGUUUCAGAAACUGUGGAGGAGUGUCACUGUGGAUUCCAUGGAUGAGGAGAAAAUCGAGGAGUAUCUGAAGCGUCAGGGUAUUUCUUCCAUGCAGGAUUCCGGACCAAAGAAAGUGGCCCCGAUCCAGAGAAGGAAAAAGCCCGCUUCGCAGAAGAAGCGGCGCUUUAAGACGCAUAACGAGCACUUGGCGGGAGUGCUGAAGGACUACUCAGACAUAGCACCCGGGAAAUAGUGCCAGCGCUGGCCGAGCUGAGUCACCCAGAGAAUCAUGAGCUGUGUUGUUGUCGUGACCCGGAGACGACCGUGUUCCUGCUCGACUUCCUAGGACUGAGGAGAGGAGCAGUGCAAAGCAGACCACCCAGCUGGGAGCCCGUUGGAAAGAAGUGGCUCUUGGGAACGUGGUCCUCCCUGCUAAGCUUCUGUGACUUCCUGGGGGAAGCGCUGAGCAUGGCGUGCAGGUGUCUUUGCUACUCACCUUUCCUUCCAAGUGAUCCCUCAUUCCAUUCUGCCUUCGUUAUUUAGAACAUGUUUGCAGAUAGCCUUGGACACAAUGUUAUCCCGACAGACAUAUUUAU